CCAUUCUCUCUUUCUGAAAACCCUAGAACUAGAAGUUCCAAAUCCUUACAAUAAUCAAGCCAUCUCCUUUUUCUCUACUCAAUUAAUUGCUUUUCCGUUCCGAGCAUCAUCGGAAACGAUCGUCGCGAGUUUUUGAAUUCAAGGGUUUAUUAGCACUGCAACAUUCUGCAACAUCUUCAUCUCAUAGUAGCAUGAGCACUCAGGAGUUGAGAGGGCCUCCUCUUAGAGGAUUUCGAAGGAGGAGGAAUUUACCAGAUCUAAAUAUUCCACCAACUGAAAGCAGGGAUCAGGGGGGUUCUUCAACUCAGAAUUUGUUUCAGGAGGUGCAAACUAGCCAGCCAGCGCAGCCUGUGCAACUAGCUCUGAUCGAUGUUGAGGCUAUUGAUGAUGAUGUUAUUGAAUCAUCCCCUAGAUCCUUUGCUGAAGCUAAAAACAAUUCUAGGAGAAGCUGUGGAGGUAAUAUUAUAGUUGAUCUUGAUUCGGAUAGAACCACAAUUCUAGAUUCAGGAAGAAUAAGCGAUAAUAAUCGUCCCAGGCGCAGAAGAAUUCCUACAAGUCACCCUGUAAUUAAUUGCAAACAAUACAUAAAUUUGGAAAGCAGUAUACAAUCUAAGACACAAAAUGUUGCAGAGCCUCCUGUACCUCCAAAAGAGCCAACAUUCACUUGUCCAAUUUGCUUGGGUUCAUUAGUCGAAGAAAUGUCAACGAGGUGUGGUCACAUUUUCUGCAAGAGCUGCAUUAAGGCUGCACUUGCUGUGCAGGCUAAAUGCCCUACUUGUAGGAAAAGGGUCACUGUGAAGGAACUUAUUAGGGUCUUCCUUCCAUCAACCGGUGCAAGAUGAGGUUUGUGCCCAGCAACUAGUUGUGUGAGUCUGCUCAAGGGCAGCUAGUUGUGUGAGUCUGCUCGAGUAUUUUUUUAUUCCUUUUGAAAUUUCUAAUUUGGAAAGUAGAUGUCAAGUUGUGAAAGUGAGUCUAUUUGGGCAUUUUUUUUGGCCUUCAAGUCUAUUUGGACAUUGAUAUCCAAUAUGCAUGACAGAUGCUUUUGUGUGUCGGAAGUUCCUAAACCACUCUUAGAAAUUAUCUGUUUAAAUUGUUGGCUAAAGAAUUGUAAGUUUAAUUAAACAUUGUAUGGAUAGCUUGAAGAAGUAAAAACUAGAAAGGGGUGGAUGUUUAUUGCUCCUAUAGUGCAUUUAAUUUUGAAUUAUUACGAAAACAUUUCAAUUGUUAAAAACUUUAUUUGCCAUUCAUAAUGAAUGGAAAUUGGAGCUUUGGUUUCUUUGUUAGCUAAUUAUACUUUACCCUCAUAUAGAAGUAACAUCUAUGAUGAUAUAUCUGUCUUCUUUUUCUGGAUAAUGCAUGUGGACGUUGAUUCUGUAUGCAACUCAUGUUAUGGUUUCACCUAAUGCAUUCCAUUAGAUCAAUUGUUCACUACGUUCCAGUACAAUAUUUUCACUUUUUGGCCAACUUUGCUGAAACUCUGGACUUACCAAUCAUUGAGUAACCACCGUGGAAG